AUGGCGAAGAAAAACAAAAUGAAAAUACCCACGGUAAUCAAUAAGAAUGUAAAAAACGGCCAUGGUACCGUGGAAGAUUUGGAAGAUAAUUAUGUGGCAGAAGAAACCACUCCAAAAGGCAAGCAAAUGGCGAAGCAAAAGAACAAAACUGCCAAACCAGUAAAAGAAGAUAGUGUGGAAGUUGGUAGAGGGGUUAAACGGCCAAAAGAUGACUCGGAUGACGAGGGUGAGGAAAACAGCGAAGAUCAGCAUUUGGGGAGUGAGGAAGAAGAGGGUAGCGAUGAUGAGAGCCAAACGGAAGCCGAAAAAGAUGCAUCGGAACCGCAGAUAGCAAACAGUGCUUACGAGAUUCUGUUAGGAAACCAAGAGUUUAAAUCGCUCGUUGGGAAGGUUUCGGAUAACACGAUUAAGGCCAUUGGCGAUAUGGGUUUCACCAAGAUGACAGAAAUUCAAGCCAAAUCUAUUCCUCCACUACUGGAGGGUAGAGAUUUGGUCGGAUCGGCCAAAACAGGAAGUGGAAAAACGUUAGCCUUUCUCGUACCGGCGGUUGAGCUAAUCCACAAGCUACGUUUCAAGCCUCGCAACGGUGCGGGAGUCAUAAUCAUUUCGCCAACACGUGAACUGGCCAUGCAAAUCUUCGGUGUGCUGAAGGAACUGAUGGCUUAUCACUGUCAGACGUACGGUCUACUAAUGGGAGGAGCGAGCCGUCACAUGGAAAAUGAAAAGUUGGAAAAGGGCAUCAACAUUAUCGUCGCAACGCCGGGACGAUUGUUGGACCACCUUAAAACGACACCGAACUUCCUGUUUAAGAACUUGCAGUGUUUGAUCAUUGACGAGUGCGAUCGCAUUUUGGAGAUCGGGUUUGAGGAGGAUCUUAAACAGAUUAUUAGCAUUCUACCGAAAAAACGUCAGACCAUUCUAUUUUCGGCCACACAGUCAUCACGUAUGGAUGAAUUGGGAAAGCUGGCCUUAAAAGCGGAACCGAUUUAUGUCGGUGUGGAUGACAACAAGAAGGAGGCCACGGUAACGGGACUCGAGCAAGGAUACAUUGUGUGUCCAUCGGAGAGACGGCUGCUUGUGCUUUUUACCUUCUUGAGGAAGAAUCGGAAGAAGAAGGUUAUGGUGUUCUUUUCGUCCUGUCUGUCGGUGAAGUUCCAUCACGAACUGUUCAACUAUAUUGAUCUUCCGGUGAUGUCGAUUCACGGAAAACAAAAACAAGCGAAACGUACCUCGGUAUUCUUCCAGUUCUGCAACGCAGAAACGGGUAUUUUGCUGUGCACGGAUGUCGCUGCUCGUGGUCUUGAUAUACCGGCCGUGGAUUGGAUCGUGCAGUACGAUCCACCAAACGAUACGAAGGAAUACAUUCAUCGUGUUGGGCGAACGGCUCGCGGAGAGGAUUUGUGCGGCCAUGCGCUGCUGAUGCUCCGUCCGGAGGAGCUUGGCUUCCUGAAGUAUCUAAAACAGGCUAAGGUGCCACUGAAUGAGUUUGAAUUUUCUUGGAACAAGAUUGCGGACAUCCAGCUGCAGCUUGAGAAUCUGAUGUCGAAGAAUUACUUCCUCAAUCAAUCGGGCAAACUGGCGUUCAAGACGUACGUUCGCGCGUACGAAGGACACCACAUGAAGGACGUGUUCAAUUUGGGCAACCUCGAUUUGGUGCAGGUUGCAAAAAAUUUCGGUUUCACGCAACCGCCGUAUGUUGAUUUUGGCAAGAGCUUCAAGAUGCACCACCCCGAACGAAGACCAGGCAACCGUGGACUGGGACAUUUCAAGACACUCAACAAGGAGAAAAAGAAAACGUUGAACAUAAAGCACAUUAGCGAUAGGAGUCAGUUGAAGAAGAUUAAGUACGCAUAA